UUUGCUCAAUGCAUACGUACUUGUCUGCUUGGUACACAAUGUAAGGUCACAUUUUGCCCACUCAUGCUCUUUUCAUUGCAAGACAAAAAGAAAGUGUUUACUUAGUGCAGCGCAAUGACCAUUCUGCGCGUGAGAGCAACUAUACUGUAUAAGUACAGUCAGCUAGUAGUAGGAUCUCUUACAACAGCAGUUAAAGCCAUGUGUGAAACCCAGUCCAGGAUCUAAAUCAAAAUGGGGUUUUCAAUCUCUUUCCGGCUCCUGGUCAUUUACGUGCUCGGUGUCGUAUUAGUCUCGACGAUACCGCGCGCAAGUGGUGCCAAUUUCCUGGCAACCUUGUUCCAUCCUUUGGGCCAAGCUUCGCACAACCGUUUUGUUGGACGAAUCACUGCCGGUCUAAUGACGCGAGGUCACGCUGUAACUAUCCUGGUAGCUGAUACAUACAGCCUAAAAGGUUUCGACAAGGAUACUGCCGCCACAAGGAUUCUCACUUUCAAGACAACCACGUCUUCGUCGGGUCUUAACAAUUUUGCCAAGUCGAUGUCCGCAAUUCAACAAAACGAUGCCAAUAUGUUCGGGAUGCUGAACUUAUUUCUGGACCUGAGAGAUACCUCCUUGCAAAGCUGUGCGGACAUGUUCAACGACCGUGACGUCAUGAAUGACCUCCGGAAGCAAAAGUUCGAUCUUCUUCUUCUCGAAAUGUUCGUACCCUGCGAUGCUUUGCUUGCCGAAUAUCUUAAGGUACCUUUCAUCGUGAUGACGUCAUCUUUCCGAUUCCCAGCUUUCGACGAGGACUUCUUUAACAUGGAGAUUCCUUCAUCGUACGUGCCAUUCCAGAGCAUGGGCGCCCUCACCGACGAAAUGAGCUUUGCUCAACGCGUGCAGAACUUCCUAGAGCGGCAUGUAAUCGUAAAGCUAAUGCAGUACUUGAACAUAAAACCUUAUCGGAAGAUACAGCUUGAGCACAAGAUCGAUACGACAUCUUCCAUCAGGGAGCUGACCGGACGAGCUGAACUCUGGUUGUGCCACAUUGAUUUUGCCCUUGACUUUCCCCAUCCAACCGCUCCAAACUGGAUAAUGAUCGCCGGUCUCACAGUGGAUGCGGGAACCAAACCACUUGCCCAGGAUUUGGAAGCCUUUGUUGAAGGAUCAGGUGAUCAUGGUGUCAUCGUGUUCAGCCUGGGUUCAACCGAUAUGAACCUACUGAGUAAAGAAAUGAACGAAGAUUUCGCACAGGCGUUGAGUGAGCUGCCUCAAAGGGUACUAUGGAAAUUUGACGGCCUUCCUCCACGUAACCUUGGUAACAACACCCGCCUUAUGUCAUGGUUACCACAGCGUGACCUACUCGCUCACCCCAAAACAAAACUCCUCAUCUACCACGGAGGACUGGCCGGGGUCUACGAGGCCAUGCACCUCCAGAAGCCCAUGGUGAUCCUCCCUCUCUUUGGUGAUCAGCCUGCCAUAGCGGCCCGGGUUGCAAAGAAGGGGAUGGGGGUUGUCUUGUCGAAGGCCACUCUCUCAGCUGAGGUCAUCAAAUCAGCGAUCCUGCAAGUCCUUAUCGAUCCAAGUUAUAAAGCCAACGUUGAGAAAUUUGGAUCCAUCAGUAAGGAUACAAUCGUCAGCCCGAUGGAGACUGCCAUGUUUUGGAUAGAACACAUCGUCAACUUUGGCGGCUCGCAUCUCAAGUCUAGAGCUGGGGAGUUGAAUAUCAUCACUCUCAACUCACUUGAUGUCAUCGGGUUCCUCAUUGGCAUCGUCCUGUUUGGACUAUACCUCGAUUUUCUUAUCCUUAGUUCAUGUUACCGCUGUUGUAUUACCAGAAAUAAAACUAGAAAAUCAAAAUCAGACUGACAGUCUGAAAUUGUGGCAAAUCCGUAUUAGUAAUCUCGAAUAUAAAAUCAUACGAACAUAAAUUUUAGAGCACCUUAGUUAAUCAUCCAUCACAAUUGUAUAUGAUAAGUUUUUAUACUUUCCUCAAAAUAAAGACAUUUCUUUCUUUUAUUGCGUAAAUGAUGUAUAAUCUCCUUUUCUAUAUAAACUUAAAUUAAAUGUACUAAAGCAACGAAUGUUCUGAUGCUUAAAUUGCCUCAUGGAAUCUUUUAUGACUUCUAUGUAUUUUUACAUUUAUAUUUAUGAAUUGCAAUAAGUAUAUCCUGUUAAUAUUGUCUGAAUACUCUGUGAAUUAAAAGUGACUGAUAAGAUUUAUGUUAAUUUGAAGUAAGUAAGUUCAGUAAUUCAAGCAUUUUUUACGUUUAGCUCGAUACCUAACCUCUUAGUUUUCAUUCUGUUAUGUUAUUAUGUUAUAUUAUAACCGAAAUAAAUUACCUUCGAAGAAAUCGUGGACAUGGUGA